AUGGAGUACGAGGCGGCGGCCGCCGAGUGGGACGAGACGGAGCGGGAGUUCCUCGGCCGCCUGCGGGCGUGGCGCGAGGGGCGGGCCGAGCCGCUGUCGGGUGCGGGAGCGGGGGCCCUCGUCGAGAACCUCGCCGCUUGCGGCUUCGCGCGCGAGCGAGCGCGGGCGGCCCUCGCGCGCUGCAGCGGCAGCCCCCGCGCGCGGCUCAACGCGGCGUUCGACAUGCUGCUCGAACCCGCCUCGCCGCCGCGUGGCAAGCGCGACGGCGGCGAGCCGGAGUCUCAGUCUGUGGGCGAGAACCUGCCUCGCAACAGCCCCUCGGCGCGUCUGCAGCGGCGCGAUGGCGGCGACUCGUCGCAGGCGGGGGGCAGCUCCUUGUGCCCGAUCGUGCUGUGA